AUGGUCGGUGCUCGCGGCGGUGUCGCCAGUACUCGGGGGUCGCGCGCCGCCAGCAGACAGCAGCCAACAGUCUCCUCGUCAUCCCCUGCGCCCCCUGCGCCCCCCGCGACGCCUCGGCAGCCACAACAGCCGCCUUCCGCGCAGGCCUCGAGCUCGAAAGAGGGUAUGAAGACCAGACAAAAGCGCGUGCUGCCCACGCGCUCGCGCCGCGGAGGACCGGGGGUGGGGACGUGCGAGACGGACGUGAUGAUCCUGGACACCAUGAAACGCAAAGCGGAAAGCGAGCCGCUUAUCCCCUCGACGACGAAGUUCCUGCUCACGACGAACGCGGCGCUGCUCCCGCCCGUGUCGGAGUCGUUCGAGGCGCAGCUGAACACGCACGCGUACGGCCGCUACUUCGACCGCCCAGAGGUGCAGCGGGCGUACAAGGCGCAGCAGCUCAUCCAGACGCCUGAGUUCACGGAGCUGCCCCGGGAUGCGCAUGUGGGAGGCCGCUUUCGCCCGCGCGGCUCAGAAGACGAGGCGAUCGACACCUCGGACGCCGCGUACGAGAAACGACACCGCAAGUACGAGACGUUCGAGAAGCGCCAGCGGCUGCGCGAGAAGGAGAAGCUCAAGCACGAGCACUACAAGCUCAAGGAGCGCAUCGACCAGCUGCGCGCGAUGGACUCGUCCGCCUUCCUCGCCCUCCCCGCGGCCGACUUUUCCGACGGGCACGACGCCUCCCCUGGCCCGACCAGCCAACAAGAGGACGAGCCCCCGCCAGACACGGCGCACCUACAUGGGGCAGCAGCGUAUCAUGAGGGUGAGCGGAGGCGGAAGGAGAUGCUGGAGACGGCGCUGCAGCUGGAGCAGCGGUACCGGACGCUGUUGCCUCCGGACAGACGGUGGAUGGAAAAGAAGCUGGGAAAGCCGAAUAGCAAGGCAGAAUCCGUGGAAGUCGUCGAGGACGAAGAUGAGGACGAGCCUGAGCCUGAAGACGAAGAGGAGCCGGAGGAAGAUGACGACGACGAAGCCGCGGCUGAGGACAAGAACGACGACGAGGACGAUGAGGAGCCGGAGGUGCCCGAGGACGACGGCGAAUCCGAGAUCGACCCAGAGGAAAUCGAGCGGGCACGCUCGAAGAAACUGAAGCUACGCAUCAAGUUCCCGCCACGACUACUCGCGAGCAAGCAGGCCGCUGCGCGCGAGCCGAAGCCCCCACCCUCGCGCGGCGGGGGAAAGCAGAUCACGCUUUCGCCGUUCUUCAAGUCCCAGGCGUCUGGCGGCAAGGGCGGCAAGGGCCUCGCACACUCGCCCCUCCGAUCCGCGUCGUAUACGGCGAGUGAGGCUAACUCCAAGCGUGGACGAUAUUCGGUCGAUACGUCGGACAGCUUGCACCAGGCGCCAUCUGCCAAGCGCCAGCGUGUCCACCCUUCAGCCUCGGCCAAGUCAAAGGCGAAAGGGUUCAAAGGGUCCAAUGGUGUAGAUAACAGCGAGUCUAUAUCAUCCGCUGGUAGGCUAUACUCUCGCCUUGCUUCUACUGCGGGCCCUCAUGUCUCCUAUGCAGGGCUUGCGGGGAAGAAGGAGCCGACUGCAUGCGUGCUCAUGGUCGCCGCGAUCCGCCAGUCCAGCGCCCCUACUGCGCGGAAGACUCAACGACAUGUCACAGCGUUCGGUGUGCGUGUGCCUCCCGAUCUCGAGGAGGUGCGCGACUUCGAGAUCCCCGACUGGGUGCUCGCGCCGCCCGGCGCGAGUGAUGACGGGGACCGCCAGGGCUCCUACGAGCCGUCCCACACCUACACGCACGGAGGGCGUUCGGAUGACGGCUAUUCGCAUUCCGUAGGAGGAGGUACGGACGACGGAACAUAA